CGGCGGCCUGCCUGUCCUGCUGGCCUUCACCUUCUCCCUCGCUACUGUCUUGGGUUUGCUGGCGAUUGCAGUGUCAACUUAUUUUCUAAGGCGCCGGAAACUCGAACUCAAGACAACGUCAGUCGACGGAACAGCAAGUAAACAAAAACAACAGCAAGUCAUAACCGCAACAAUCAUAGACUCCUCCAACCACUCCCAAGUGCCUUCUAAAGAAUCUAAGAAAAGUGCUUCCAUAGAAGAGCCAUCUAGCGAUAAGCAACUUUCUAAUGAAUCGAUGAAAAACAUGACAUUAUUUUCAAAAUAUUCUUCGAAAAAUGCAGCGCUUUCCGAAGGACUGCAAAGGAAGAGUUCAUCAUCCAAAGAAUCCUUCUCUUGUGAAGGAAUAAAUUCAGUAGCCGGCCACGCCAUCGAGGUGCGCUACACGGCCAGCGCCGCCACACACACGACUCUCGCGCCCAGCGUCUGCGAGCUGCACGCGCUCCAGCACGACGCCGUGCCUUGCUUAGGGCGCUCCAACCCCGACGCCGUGCCUUGCUUAGGGCGCUCCAACCCCGACGCCGUGCCUUGCUUAUGGCGCUCCAACCCCGACGCCGUGCCUUGCUUAGGGCCUACAGGUUGUACCCUGCAUGACGGCAUGUGGCACGACAUUGCUGCUAAGAGGUAA